AUGGAGUUUAGUGCAGAUCUAAUUGAUGAUCGUGUUUGGCUUGGAAGUCUUGAUGCUAUGGAAAAUACCAUUGCAUUAGAUAGUCUUCAUAUUACACAUAUUAUAAGUAUAAUCAAUUCAGAAUUACCAACUGACGCAAAUGAUAAUCGUAUACGUAAACAUAUUCGUGUUGAAGAUAUGGAAACAACAGAUUUAUUAACUGAAUUUGAUUCAUGUUAUGAUUUUAUUGAUAAAGCUUUAUCAGACGAUUCAAAAAGUAAUGUACUUAUUCAUUGUCAAGCUGGUGUAUCUCGUAGUGCAACAAUUGCGUGUAUGUGGUUAAUGCGUCGGUAUAAAUUAUCGGCUAAUAUUGCAUUAAAACGUUUAAGACUUGCACGUCCUAUUGUUCAUCCAAAUCCGAGUUUUUCAGCUCAAUUAUAUUUAUUUGAACAAAUGAAUAAUCAAUUAGAUCUUAAUCAUGGAUUGUAUAAAGAAUUUCAAUUUGAACGUACUCGUGCUAUUUAUAUUAAUCAUGAUACAGAAAAUGAUGGAAUUGAUGGGAAAAAUAAUCUUCGUCAACAAUUUCACCAAGCAUUUACACUUCCUUAUGGUCAUGCUACAUGUACUAUUAUAGAAACAUACAUAUGUCGAGAAUGUCAUAGAGAAUUAUUUACUAAUGCUGAUUUAUCACGACAUUCUGAAGGUGGUGGAUUAUUUGAUUGGUUUAUGAAAUAUGGAGUUGAAAAACAAAUGAAAUCCGAGCUGGAAAAAGAAUGUCACCAGAAACUAUUUACAAAUUAUCUUGAAUGGGUAAUGAUUCAAAUUGAUCAACCUGAAAAUGCUCAUUUUGAUACUAUUAAAUGUCCGCAAUGUUCUACAAUUGUAGGAAAAUAUAAUUUAAAUGGUGCAAAAUGUUCUUGUAGUAGAUGGGUAACACCGGCAUUAUAUUUUGAUAUCGAUAAAAUCGAACAAAAAGCAAUUACAAAAAUGAAUAUCGAAACGAAAAAUAUUUCGUCGUAA